ACAUCCACAUCCACCUCCUCCUCCCCUCUCUCUCUCUCAACACUCCAAAUCUCACUCUGCAGACGCCCAUCACUGUUACUCCCCAAUACAGACAACAUUUCUCUUACUCUGUUUUAUUCCAUCCCAACAUUUUUGUCAAUUAAAUAACUACACAUAUUUGGGCUGUGUUCCAUCGUUUUCUAGAGAGCCCUCGUGAACUUCAUAACCGAGGAUUUAGCGAUAGAGAUCUGAGGCGGAGAGAGAGAGAGAAACAAAUAAUGAUGGUAACGGGUCACUUGCUUAGAAAAAGCGGUUGCCUCUAACUCCAAGAUUCAGGUGAAUGUGGCCUUCUCAACUCCCCCUUUUCCUCUCUCAUUAAAGAUUUACAUGCCGCCAACUCCAACUUUGUCAAACUCCUCUUUAAUUUCUUCCUCCAAGAACACAUUUUUAAGGGUUUAAAGCUGGUAAAAAUUGAAGCUUUGUUGUUUUGAUUCCACAAGUGCAAUUCCCUUUUUGGUGGUGGUGGAUUCUUGAAUUCUGAGUGGGAAAGAUUGGAUUUUGAGAUGGAAUUGAUAUGGGUUUUGGGGAAAGUUUGUUUCUUGAGGUGUAACUGAUGUGGGCUUUGGCAAUUUUUGAAACCUCUUUAUUGUUGAAUUUAUGUAAUUGUGAAAAAAAAACAAGUGUUUAUUAGAUGGUAGUGUUGAUUGCUGUAAUUUAGGGGGGAAAUAAAUUCUGCCUAAAAAUAGAUUCUGCUAUAAUCUGUGAUGCGAUACACUUUGAAGAUUUUGUGUUGUUGUAAAUCAAGAUUGGUGAGGGUGGAAUCAUGACUAAGGCAGUUCGUGAUCGGAUUCUUAAAGAUGUGAAUGGUAAUGUUAGUGAUCAUCUACGCAAUCACAUUCAUUUGACAAAUUGCAUUCAUUUGAAGAACCAUAUGCAUAAGAACAGCCCGAUUUUGGCGGAUAGGGCGCUCAUGAGGGACCUCGUUGUCCUACAGAGGUCGAGGUCGUUGAGGGACCCGUCUGCGAGCCCACCCUCGUGGCAGUCCCCGUCUGCCAUUGAUUUGCUCUUGAGGCGAGGGGAAGGGGAGGAUGUGGUUAGUGGGAGGCGUAGCAUUGGGAUGGAGCGUGGGAGGGUUUCGGGGAGCUCACCUGCAACGGCUGCUGUGAGCAGCCGUGGUGGGAAAGAGAGGAGGGUUAGGAGAGGAGAGGAGAGUGAGAGGGUUGUGGGAAAUGAUGAAUGUGAAGGAGAGGGGGAGGGUUUGGUUGGUGAUCGUGUUUCGUUGGGCUCGUCUCAGUUGAGGGAGAAGAGCGCGGAGACGAGAGGAGGUCAUCGACAAGAUAAGAAGCUUAUGACGCUGUCGGACCAAUUGAGGAACGUCCCGGCUGUGAGCAAUGAUGCAGUUUCAUCUCAUAAUCGCGGAGAUGCAAGACGCGUCUUCCAUUCGGAGAAAUAUCCUGAGGAAGCAGGUAUUGGUAUUCGACAUAGGAGUAGUUUGAAUAGGGGGAAAAGGCGCAGAUUUCGUGGUGGGAGGAGAAGUCGGCCUUCUAUAUCUGUUCGAGAUGGUGGUGGUGGUGGUGAGGCGCAGAAUGAGAUGUCAGUGGCAUCUAAUUCGUUUGGCGAGGGCCGAGCUUCACAGAAAUAUCACGGAGAGGAAGAAGUCCAGCAGCUCUACAGUCAGAAUGUUAACGGUGAUCCGAGAAAUGGAUGUGGUAUUCCGUGGAACUGGUCGAGGAUUCAUCACAGAGGGAAGUCGUUUCUCGACAUGGCUGGCCGGAGCCUCUCUUGUGGUUUAUCCGAAUCAAGGUCGAAGAAAGCUGGUUCCAAUUCUCGAGGGAUGGAUAUCCCGAACAUGCAUGUGAUGUCAUCGAGUUCGUCCACUCGAUCGGAUGCAGAGGCAUUGCCUCUAUUGCUCGAUCCUUCUGGUUCUCGUGGAAGCAUGGAUCGAGCUGGUUUUUUUCAUGAUUACUCAGGGGAGUUAGGCAUUUAUGCUGGCAAUCUGCUGAAGCAAGAAACCGAUUCAGACCUUGCAUCAGAAGGUAGGUCACGUGAGCAGCAUAGGUACCGGAAUCAAAACAAGGAGAGACAUCAAAAUCUCACGCAAAAGUACAUGCCGAGGACGUUUAGGGAUUUGGUUGGACAGAACUUGGUCGUGCAGGCUCUCUCAAAUGCUAUCUUGAGAAGGAAAGUCGGGUUGCUCUACCUGUUCUACGGGCCUCAUGGGACGGGUAAAACUUCAUGUGCUCGUGUAUUUGCUCGAGCAUUGAACUGCCAGUCAUCGGAACAUACAAAGCCUUGUGGAUUUUGCAACCCCUGCAUAGCACAAAGUAACGGGAAGAGCCGAAACGUCAAGGAAAUAGGCCCUGUCAGUAACAUGGACCUCGAGAGUAUCAUUGGCCUGCUUGGGAAUGUGACUUCUUCGUCUUCCCAACUUCAGGCUCAGUACCGAGUUUUCAUAUUUGAUGAGUGUGAUACUGUGUCUUCUGAGUGUUGGAGCACGAUAUUGAAGGUCAUUGAUCGAGCCCCUAGGCGUGUCGUUUUUGUGCUUGUUUGCUCAAGUCUUGAUGCCUUACCUCAUAUAAUCAUAUCCAGGUGCCAGAAAUUCUUUUUCCCAAAGUUAAAGGAUGCAGAUAUUAUAUAUACGUUGCAAUGGAUAGCCACGAAAGAGGAUCUUGAUAUUGAUAAGGACGCCCUCAAGCUCAUUGCAACAAGGUCUGAUGGAUCUCUGAGGGAUGCUGAGAUGACUUUGGAGCAAUUGAGCUUAAUCGGGAAGAGAAUAUCCGUUGCCCUUGUUCAAGAACUGGUUGGGCUCGUUUCGGAUGAGAAGCUGGUGGAUCUUCUUGAUUUAGCAUUAUCCGCUGACACUGUCAACACAGUGAAGAAUCUGAGGGAUAUCAUGGAAUCGGGUGUCGAGCCAUUGGCGUUAAUGUCACAGCUUGCAACAGUCAUAACCGAUAUUCUUGCUGGAAGCUACGACUUCACUAAAGAAAGGCCUAAAAGGAGGUUUUUUCGGAGGCGUGAAUUGUCGAAAGAAGAUAUGGAAAAACUGCGUCAAGCGCUAAAAACAUUGUCCGAAGCAGAAAAGCAGCUGAGGGUGUCGAACGACAGGAUAACAUGGUUAACUGCUGCACUCCUACAACUGGCUCCUGACCAACAGUAUAUGCUGCCUGUUUCUUCAGCCGAGACGAGCAUGAAUCACAGUCCCUUGGUCUUAAACGGAGCUUCUCUAAGAAACGGGGCAAGAAAAAGCAAUGCAGAAAUGCCUGAUUUUCAAGCUGGAAGUUCUGCAAAUGUUCAUUACAAUGAUGAGGUGAAGGGUAGUGUUAUGGCUGGAAACAAACACGAUAAAGGCGAGAUGAACUCUCAACAGGCACAAGCAGUUUAUAACGAGAAACUGGAGGCGAUAUGGCUGGACGUGCUGGAGAAGAUCCCAGCGAAUAGCAUACGAGAGUUCAUGUAUCAGGAAGGGAAGCUCGUCUCUGUCAGUUAUGGCGCAGCUCCGACCGUGCAAUUACUGUUCAACUCGCAGCUGACAAAGUCCAAGGCAGAGAAAUUCAGAUUUCACGUCUUGCAAGCUUUUGAGUCGGUUCUCAGAUGCCCGGUGACGAUUGAGAUCAGAUGCGAGUCGAGAAAAAGCACCAGCCGGGCACCAAUUUUGCUACCCGCAGCUCAGAAUAUGCCUCGUUUGGAUGUGAAUCCGACCACAAACACCGGUGGUUGGAUGCCUACGGAUGGCAUGCCAUCUUCUGAAGCCAAUAGGAGAGAGAUCGUCGAAAUUGAACCCUCCCCUGGAGAGUAUAAAGGUGGUAGGCGUAGGGACGCCAACCUAGAGUCUGAUGGGCGGAACUUAGAAAACGCGGGAGCGACAUCUUCACAGAAGAUAUCGACCGUGUUAGGUGAGAAAAAUCAGUGUCUUACCCUUGUUAAAAGCAAGGUAUCCCUUGCUCAUGUGAUUCAGCAUGCAGAGGGAUGUUCUCAACACAGUGGAUGGUCGAAGCGCAAAGCUGUUUCAAUCGCAGAAAAACUGGAACAAGAAAAUUUGAGACUAGAGGCAAGAUCGAGGAGAUUGCUAUGUUGGAACGCUCCAAAAAUGAAUCGCCAAAAGCUUUCGCGUUUGAGGAUUAGAGCAAGGAAGCCGCAGACGUUGCUGAAAUUCAUUUCGUGCGGAAGGUGUAUGUCCGGUAGGUCCCCGAGGCCGAGGCAAAGGUAAUGCUCGUAGCAAUUUUCGUCGUCUUAGAGGGUUCGAUUUCGGGCAUCACGUUGUGUUAGGUUUACUUUGUACCCGCUGUUUAGGUAUUUCAUUAGACAAAUCAUAAUUCUUGAGAAUAAAUUUAGAGUAGAGUAGUGAAAGAUUAGAGCUUUUGUCAAUGAAUAUUUGUAUUGUUAGUUUUUUUUUUCUUCUCUUUUUUAAAACACAAGCUCGUCAUGUCUUUUCCCUUUAUAUAAUUGCACUCAUUUUAGUAUUUUAGACCA